CGGAUAUCCCCUAUCGCGUUGAGAGCUUAAUCCACUUGUUGUAACCGGGGGAUGCAAACUUCUUGAUACAUAACGAUUAUCACGAUGUAUAAAGAUAUGUGAAACAGUUCUUCAAGAUUUCGUAACAUUGUUUCGAACAUGCCUGUUGUCAGAGAAGCUGCGGUCGUGGGUCUUGCUCUUGCAGUAACCGGAGGAGUUGCGUAUGUCAUCUGGACGUAUGUGUCUUCGGGGGAAAAGCCAAAGCCAAAGCCAAAGCAAGAACCAGAGAAAAUAAAAAAGGAGACUAGGAAAGAAACUGCACAAAAAGCACCAGAACCCGCACAGCAAACACCAACAAUCAUAACAGAGGUACUUUUUGUUCAUAUUGCGCUUACAAAAUGUAUAUUUUGAGGCACGCCUACUUGACGGAUGUUUGUGGUUGCUAUUGGAAAUGACCUCACCGCCAUAGAAAAGUAGUUGUGUAGAUAUUAAACAAGUUAGACAUUUCUAUUGACCAGCUUGCAAACUAGAGGCAAAUAUCCUGUGCAGUUUAUAAUAAGUAGGGUCCAUAGAUAGGCAACGAAUCGGUUCUAUACAAGGGCGCCACUUUGGUUUUAGAUGUGGUGGGGGUAUAAUCUAGCGGGGAUCUGGGGGUAGUCCCCCAGAACUUUUUUGGGCAUCUAAUACUAAUUUAUUGCAUUUUAACAUCAUCCAAUAUGCCGUCUCUAUUUGAACAAAAAGUAAGCAAAAAUGCCCACAGUCAUUAAGCUAGGUAAGAGAUCGUUAUUAAAUAUGUUUAAGUGAUUAAUAAGACUGAACUAGAUCAAUAUUUUCUAUUUUGUUUCCAAACCUUUCCCUUAGGAAUAAAACAAAAUCAUGGUGGGAACUGGGAAGGAAAUUGUGUUGGGAGAUAGUUUAGUUAUUUACUAGACUGGUGGGGGUCGGGCAUGCAUGCGGCUCGGGCUGGAUGGUCGCUCUGGCUGAAAUUUGAUAUAGAGGAUGUCUUAAUAAAGACAAUCAAAAGUCUGUAUUUUCAUUUAUUUAUUUUUUUGUUAAGAAUUGGUUAAAAUUCACCUCAGCUCCAUCACAGACUGGUCUUCCCUGGCUGCCUGACCCUGCUGAGACCCCUGUCACCAUCUGAUCCUCCUAAGAUGAAGCAUGACAAUAAUUACCUUGGUGUACAUUUAUACAUUAUAUUAUCCAACAAUAGAAUCGAUGGUUCAAUAAUGGAAAUGACCAUUAUUCCCAGAUCCCAGACUGUAGCUUUAAGCUGCUGUCCUGUAGCUACUGUAGGUCUACCCAUCAAUUCAAGAUGGAACUUUUUAUCAUUCACUGAUAUUUUUAAUAUAUUGCUAAAUUCACCUGAGCGCCGUAGACUGGUCUUCCCUGGCUCUCUGUCCCUGCUGGGACCCCUGUCACCAUCUGAUCCUGUUAAGACAUAAUGAGCAGUGUUGUGUACUGACUGUGCACUAGAGGGCUGCAUUCCCGCGGGAUGCCCUGCGGGUCCCGACAGAGAUCAUUGCGGCGCGGUCAGCAUUUUUCAUGCUGUGGGCGGUCAGACAGACGACUUUUGGAUGAAAAUAUUUGUUUAUCCACAGAUUAUUUGGAAACGAACCUCUUUCUGCUUUGAAUGCGUUAGUAUUAAAAGCACAGAUUUUCGCAUUAUUCACACAUUCAGAAUUCGCUGCUUCAACUUAAGUACCCUACCUGGGCGUGAGAGUUCAAGUGCGCCUAGUAUGUGUGAUCACAUUGAAAUAGAGUAGGCUGCAUACAUGGGCGGAGAAUUACGUGGCAGUUAAUUUAAAUAUGAAAUUAACUUAAAUAUGAUUAGACUGUAGUUUACUAUAUUGUCUGUAAAUAAAUAUUGAUAAUGGAAAGAAGUGGAGGGCGCUCAACCAACGUGAGUCGAAAUGCAAUCAAAACACGUCAUCAUUGAAAAGGAAAAGGCACAACGCGCACAUAGGUUAGGCUACUAUGGUGAGCGAGCGUUGCGCCUUUUCAUUUACAUUUUUUAUUUAUUACCCAUUUAUUUGUCUCUGCCUGCAAAUCGUCCUCCUAAAAGGUAGGCUAUAUGCUAUAAGCCUAUGUCGCUGUCAUCAUUCUUGCUGCUUCCAGGUCAGUAGCCAUACCUGCGAGAUCAGGUGCGCGUGUGGUCUCAAUUAAAUAGAGUAGGCUAUAGCCUAUGCAUGGGCGGAGAAGCACUGGGCAGUUAUAUUUCCAAGGAAAUGUACUUCCUAAAUAGUUUACUACAUUGCCUAGAAAUAGGCCUAAAUAUUGAUCACCCAUAUUUCUCAGUCUGAAAAUCUUCCCACUCCUAAAAGGUAACUAUAAAAAUAACUCAAGUGGAAGUCUUUCCUACUCUGCUCUCUUCAAACUACCUCUAGCAUAUUGGCUGAUAUAGCCCAGUAAUACAGAUAGCCUAAUAUAAGGGCCAUGUAAGAAUCUCUGAUAAUUUAAACUAUUUCUUAAGUUAUUUUUGCACAUUUGAUAUUGCCUAUAGGGCGCAAAAUUAAUGGGACCAUGGCUGGCAAGUGAGUUGCGUCACAUACGCCUAAAAUAACAUUGCGGAGCUGCGGUUGGUUCUUGGGACCAGUUCUUGGGGUAGUGGGUGGGAGUCAGACAGAAAGCCAGCAGGUGGGGUGGAGUGUGGUAUGAAAAGCUGCGGAUGGGGGCAGGAGCGGGAUGAAGAAAUCGGUCCUGCGCAGACCUCUACUGUGCACCAUGACAGUGAAGCCUAUAACGUUAGAGCUGUUUAUUACUGUGUCAGUGUGAAGAGUAGGGAAUUAGCGAGGGAAACUGACAGAUCAAUAAUGUUACAUUGCCAUACUGACUAAUAAAAACUCACAUUGCACUGAAAAAACGCCAGAAUAUCAAUCUUCAAUCGUUUGGCUGAUGGUUUCAUCAUUUGAUUCAGGUCUAGUGUGAUUGAGGCAAAAAUAAUAGCUACAAAACAUUUCUAUACAAACAACUGCUGUUAGAUAGCCAUAUGAGGUGGCUAUUAUUACUAUCUGACUAGCUAGCGUAGCUAAUUCAUUCACCUCAGUUGAGAGGGGAUGAAACAUUAGCUAACGUUACAUGUCAGUUACAAUACUAGCUCAGCACUGCAAAUAAACACUAGUUUAGUUUUCUUCUAUUAAGUUAAACAGCAGAUACCUUGCCAGAUUCAUCAGUCAACUAAAGAGUAGCCAGUUUCUGCUCUGCUUGCCUUUACAACUCGGUGAAAGAGCGCAACACAUACACACUGAACUAUGCUCAACUCUCCCGUGCUGGUCCAGCCAGCCUUCCAGAAGCUUUGCAUUCACACAGCCUGUCAGCCCGCUCUGUGGUGUCCACGUGUUCCUAAAACCUGCCAGCUGAACACUCCAAACAGCCUACCCGACCACUCGGAGGCGUCCACAUGGUCCUAAAGCACACCGAUUACACGUUUUGUAUCACAUUGCAAUGAUAAAACUGGGGGGACAAAAAUGCAAUUUCAGAAUGUGUGGGGGGGACAUGACCGCCCCCCGUCCCCAGUGAAAGUUGCGCCCCUGGUUCUAUAUAUAUAUAUUAUUACUGAGACCAAGGUCUCCUUUACAGAUGAGCCCUGAAUUACAUAAAUUACAGAAAAUACACACAUCAAAAUAUAAAUACUUAAUGCAAGCAGAAAGACGCAAGCAGAAAGAAAAACACUGUCAUAAAAAUCAAACACAUUCAUCAGUAGUAAAGUCCUCUAUAUAGUUCUCUGGUUUUUGUAGAGCCACCUGCAACUGGAAACAGACAUUUAUAAGAUACCUUUUUCCACGAAUCGAGAACAAAGUCAGAUCCGCCAAGAGCAGGUUAGUUAAUUGCGUUUUGUAUAAGCUAACCUGUAACGCCCAGUAAUGGAAACAUAGUUAUCACAUAUCUGGCAUACAAACUGUAGCUAGGUCCAAGUCUUAUCUUGACAUUAUAAUCUUGCCGCACUGUUUUAUCAUACACUAGUCUAUUCUUACUCAGGCAGUGGUCGGCUCUUACUGACCUCAUGAUGUUGUAAUGUGACACAGUUCAGUUAAGCCCCCUUCAGUCUCUUUUGACUUCUGUGUGAUAUAAAACUAAGGCUGAAGUAAUGAUUAAGCAAUAAAAGUUCAUUGUGGGCCUAAAUCAUUGGUUCAUUGUUUGCAUGACCAGUAUCAUGGCCCAAGCUUUAUAAAUGUUCACAUGAUUCCGGAUCAGCACUAACAGAAAAGUAUUAAUAUGCAAUGUUUAAAUAUAUUAUUAUCUGGGUUGUUUUAACUUGUGCAUCUGAUGUGCUUUUAUUAUUAUGUGCUGUCUUAGGUAAAGGCCACAGGAAAGCAAGUCCUGGUGCUAGGCCUCGAAGGUGCGGGGAAGACCAGCUUGCUUCACUGCUUUGCCACAGGGAGUCUGGAGCGGGAUGUAGCCCCAACACAGGGGUUCAACGCGGUCUCCAUCAAUAGAGAGGACCUGCAGAUUGAGUUCCUAGAAAGUAAAUGCAACCUGCACAUAACAAUAAUGAGAGUACAGUUACUGAUAAUUAUCUGGAUGACCAUGAUAAGAAGAAAUGGGUCUUAUUAGUGGAGACCUACAGACCCUGUAAGAUAUGCAAACUGACCAACAUGAGUUCAUCACUCGAUAUGCAUUCAUAGUAUUUUAUUGUGUUUAACAAAUGUUAAUAAAUGACUUACUGCACUGAUACCUUGUGGUGAAGAAAUGGAAAAAAAACAUGCCAUCUUUUGCAGUUGGUGGCACAGAGAAUCUGCAGCCAUAUUGGAAGAGGUACAUGUGCAAGGCUAUGGUGCUCGUGUUUGUGGUGGACUCUUCCAACGCCGCCCAGUUCCCUUUGGCUAAGAAGCAUCUCCACGAGCUGCUCGAAACCGACCUCUACCUUCCCUUAGUGGUACUGGCCAACAAGCAGGUGAGACUGACACACUGACAUACGGCUUGCAUCUCAAUUGUCUUUCCUUCCUCAUUCCUCACGUCCUCUCUCCUCACCUCCUUGAAGGAGAAGGUCAGAGGGGCGUAACCUUGGAUCUUCUCCAAGCAUUUUAAGAAUGAGAUGAGGAGGAAGGACGUGAGGAAUCGAGGACAGACAAGUGAGAACGAGCCAAGAGUUGCAUUUCAAUAGUGGUGUUUCCUUUCCUCGUUGCCUCUUUUUCAUCCUUGUGAGAUACUUUACCUGCUCCAGUGUCUCACCUUGGGUUUGUUCCCGUUAAUCCCCUUAUCUCCAGGAUAACCAGGGGGCCUGCAGUAUCACAACGCUCCAUGAAGCCCUGUCCCUGGAGGAGGUGGGGGACCAACGCAAGCUCUUCCUCAUCGGCACCCAUGUAAAGAAGGGGGACACAGAGGUGAAUUCUGCUGUGCAGGACGCACGGGACCUGAUCAUUCAAAUGGUGCAGGAUGGUAGAUAGACUCGCCAUCUAGUCAUCAGCUAUGAAUGACCCACUGGCUGAGAGGUGAUAUGUUACCUUAGUUUCACCCCUGUCCUGGCUUGCCUUUAUUUGUUUUGAUAGCACUAGCUACAGUCUCUACUGACAGACUGCAUGAUAGUGAAAGGCCUCAUUCACAUCUGUAGAAUGAUGAUGAUUCCAAAGAAGCCAUAAGCUGAGAAGGUGCUUAUGGUCAAACUCAUUCACUGGCAAUUGCAUUAGCACAAAUGAACUAAAGCACAUUUACUUGCUUCUGUAGUUUUUCACUUUCAGACACAAUAAUUCAAGGAUGGUCUCAACAUCCUUACCUAUAGGGAUUUAAUUGAGAAUGCUUUGUUGUUAUCAAAGAUUCUUCUCUUAGAGCUAUCUACAACUUGCAGAGCAUAAUGCAGGUUCUAUUUUAGACAAAUGGCUGUUAGGUAGUAUGUUGAAGACUCUUUUGUGGUACAUAGGAUUAUUUUUGUUAUAUUUUGCAUAGAAACAUGACUAUAUUGUCUUAAAGGGAACUUGCUACAUAGUUAUAUUUUCUUAAAACCAAUGUGAUAUUUAUUUAACCAAAGCAAUCAUCCCAAAAAUGUAUUUUGAAGAAUUAAAACAAUUCCAAAGUACCGUCUUUCACUUGUGUCUGGACAUUUGGCUAACAAUGUUUUGCCUUGGAGUUAGUUGAAGCAUUUACAUGCACUAAGGAAUAAAUCUACAUGUAAGCACAAAAUGUGCUACUCAUUUUCAUGUUUAUCACUUGUAAAACUACCGGUAUAAUCUUGAGUAAUAAGCAGGUAUGAAGUGCACUACUGAAUUUCAAAAACCAAUGGAACAAUUAAUUUGUAUGGCAUGACUAUAACAGAGCUCCAAACCAUUUCUGUCAUUUAAGCAUCAAAUACCUCAUUUUUUGCCACUCUUUUUCUGUUUUGUCACACCUGGUGAUGUAAAUAAAAACCUGGUUAUAAAU